AUGGCUGUUGGAAAGAACAAGCGCUUGUCGAAGGGCAAGAAGGGUAUCAAGAAGAGGACCGUUGAUCCUUUCUCCAGAAAGGAUGAGUACUCUGUGAAGGCGCCCUCCACUUUCCAGAUCAGAGAUGUCGGAAAGACUCUGGUGAACCGCACCAGUGGUCUCAAAAAUGCGAACGACUCGCUCAAGGGCCGGAUUUUCGAGGUUUCUCUUGCCGACUUGCAGAACGACGAAGACCAUGCCUUCCGUAAGGUCAAGCUUCGUGUGGACGAGAUCCAAGGAAAGAACUGUUUGACCAACUUCCACGGCCUCGACUUCACUACCGAUAAACUGCGAUCCCUCGUCCGCAAGUGGCAGUCGCUCAUCGAAGCCAACGUCACCGUGAAAACGACCGACGACUACCUCCUUCGUCUGUUUGCCAUUGCUUUCACCAAGAGGCGUCCCAACCAGAUCAAGAAGACCACAUACGCCCGCUCCUCUCAGAUCCGCGCCAUCCGGAAGAAGAUGACCGAGAUCAUGCAACGCGAGGCCGCCAGCUGCACUCUUUCUCAACUCACCACGAAGCUUAUCCCUGAGGUUAUCGGUCGCGAGAUUGAGAAGGCGACGCAAGGAAUCUAUCCUCUCCAGAAUGUCCACAUCCGCAAGGUUAAGCUUCUCAAGGCCCCUAAGUUCGACCUGGGCGCUUUGUUGAACCUACAUGGCGAAUCCACCACCGACGACAAGGGUCACAAGGUUGAGAGGGAGUUCAAGGAGCAGGUUCUUGAGAGCGUCUAG